AUGAUCACCAUGAAUAAUGCAUUUGAGGAAUUUGCAUCCGGAAGCCAAUCGCCCUAUAACUUAGGAAGAAGUGCCCAUCCUGGAGCGGUUCUCUUAUCGCCGCAAUCGAGUGCCAUGAAUUUGAGUAACAGCGCGGCUAGUACAGGAAUCCUGUCACCCCAAUUGACGUCCCAGUCGCACGGUUUGUCGUUUGACGAAAUUUUGGAUCAGCAAUCUGCGUUGUUAGAUCCGUCUGCUCAACACUCACAGCAGCAGCCAUCAAUGCAACAACCGGGCCCCCUUCCCACCUCAUCUUCAGCAGCCGGUUCUGCUGUGAUGUCGCCCAUGAUACAAUCACCAUCUCGCACCCCUGCAAAUAUUCCAACUUCGUCGAUGUUUUUAGAAUCUUUCACAAGACCCUCGAGCAGUAGCCUGUUAGGGAUGCACAACCGUUCCAAAUCGUGUAACAAAGAACAGGCCCAAGGCAAACAACAGCCUCAGAGUGCGAGCUCGAAACAAUUGCAGCCGAGGCCUGCAGAGGCAAAUCCCGUCGUGAACUUCACUCAAGAUAUCAAUCAGCUGUGCUCUUGGAUGUCAAUGUUGAGCAGUUCCCAACAAAACGUUGUUAUGGAUAAUCUUCUGUCAACUUUGAACGAGGACGUUCUCCACUACACCAAACUAAAGCUCGAUAGUUUGAUCAACAGUGGUUAUCUGUCGCCGCAAAUUCCUGCAAUUGCCUCUCCGGUUCCCAACAGAGAGGCGUACUCCAUCGCGAAUCUAGACUCUGUGUUCUCUGAUGGCAAGUUAGCCGACAAUGAUACCAAGCCUGGCGAGCGUAUUGAUCCUAUGAUUGAGAACUCGGCGAUCUACCAAAAGUGGUCGCCGCAGCCAGCGUCUGUGACCCAACCGAUUUACGAUUACAUCAAGGAUAUGAAUCAGAGACCUAAAUCUGCUGAUCCUCACGUUUCGAGAAUGAACGUGAAUCUCAUCGGUAAGAAAGGAACCAAUGGAAUCCACGGUUACACGGCGAAUAAUGGCUAUUACUUCAUGCCUGGAAAGAGCAGAGCUGCAACCAGUGAUUUUGAAAACAACAAUAGCCAGAAUUUUUAUGGCGGGAACCGUUCGCAAAAUGGAGCUUCCUCGCAUGCGACCACAAGCUCUCACAACUCUCACUCCCAGUCUCCCGAUCGCUCAGCUGGCGGUACUGCAAGCAUCACUCCCACAGCGAGCGCCGCUACGAAUCCAUCUACAAACUCGGUGCCGGGCGUAUCCAGCGGUACUGGACAUGGCUCUUCGAUGAACCCAAGAACAUUAACCGACCCUCGCCUUUUAACCAACAUUCCCAUGUGGUUGAAAGCUUUGAGAUUGCACAAGUACUCUGACGCAUUGAGCUCGAAGAAAUGGGACGAACUGAUUUACCUGGACGACGAGACUCUAGAAAAGAUGGGUAUUAGCGCGCUGGGUGCGCGCCGCAAGCUGCUGAAGGCUUUUGCGAUAGUAAAAGAUCAUAAAGAGCAAGGUUUGAUUGAUCAAACCGCCUAUGUAUAA